AUGAUCACUGAUGUGCAGCUCGCCAUUUCCACCAACAUGCUGGGCAUGUCGCUCUUCCUGCUCGUCGUCCUCUACCGUUAUGUGGCCAUCAACAACCCCAAGAAGCGGGAGUGA